AUGGUGAAACCAUACUCCGAGGGCACCAGCGAAUCCACACAGGGGAGAAACCAUUCGAAUGCAGAGACUGUGGGAAAAGACUCCUUCAAUGUAGAAAAGGCAGCCUCGUUACCCAUCUUAGGAGCCACAGGGGGGCUCAAACCAUACAAAUGUGACAAGGCCUCUGAGAACUACAUUGCCCAGAAGCCCACGCGAGGCGUAAAGCGGCCCCCGGUAGGAAAGCUUCGUCUGACCCGCCCCGCCCCCCUUACUUUUCUUUUUUCUCCCAGAUUUCGAGAAAAAGAAUUAAACAGAAUUAUGGAAUUAAACAGAGAUUCUCCUCGUCCGCCUUUUCCCCGUUUGGAGGGAGAAUCUGGCUUUUGCAUCUUGGAUAGAAAGAGAUCCCCGGUGUCUUUUGAGGAGUUGAUUGUGUUCUUCACGGAGGAGGAAUGGGCUCUGCUGGAUCAGGUCCAAAAAGCCCUCUACUGGGAAGUCAUGCAGGAAAAUUACAAGACUGUCGUCUCUCUAGGGCUCUGGUUUCCAGAGCCAGCCCAGGAUUCUGCGCUACAUCGAAGGGAAAUGUUCUUCCUCCAGAGCUCUGAGGAGGCGGGAAGGUUCACUAGUGCCCUCUUGUCAGAAAAAGCUCCAACUCCCAAAGAGGACCACAUCUCUUGUCGAGUGAAGGAGGAAGCAGAGUUUGUCCAGAACUCCCUGGAAGCAGAGCUAUCAGCAGAAAGAUCUCUGAUUCCCAAUGGUGUCAACCUCUCUUGUCUAGUGAAAGAAAAAGACCAGGACCUCAAGGCAAUUGAGCUACCAGCAGACGAUGAGGUCUUUAAGAAAGAGGAAGGCCUUGCCUCAGAAGAAGCGCAGGCAAGGUUACCUGGAGGAUCUCAAGGGAACAUUUCCUUCCCAGCAGAGCGAGCAGGAGAUAAAUGGGAAGCAGAGAAUGAAAGUGAAUUAGGAGGGAUGUGUGAAAAAAAAGAAGAGGAUCUGGAGGCAGAAGAGGAACCUGGGGAUCGAGAGGGAGCUGAAAAGCAACAGAGAAGGAAAAGGGAAGCAAAAUGGAAGCAGAUGAAAGAAUUGGUUGCCUGUCAGGGUGGAAACUUGCCUGAGAUCUCAAACCAAGACAUAAUACAAGAGGGAAUGAGGGGAAAUAAGUGCCCUGAAAAUGGGAAAGAGUUCGGCUGCAAAACCAGUGAUAAGAAAAAUCAGAAAAUCUCAAUUGGUAAGAAUCCACAUAAAUGCAUGGAAUGUGGAAAAAACUUCAGUCAUGGUAAAGCCCUUGCUGAACAUCAAAGAUCUCACAAAGGGGAAAAACCAUCUGAAUAUUUAGAAUGUAGAGAGGGCUUUGAUCAGCAUGGAACCCUCAUGAUACAUAGAAGGGUUCACACAGGGGAGAAGCCAUAUAAAUGCUUGGAGUGUGGGAAGAACUUCUCUCAAAGUGGUGACCUCAUUAAACAUCUAAGGAUUCACACAGGGGAGAAGCCAUAUGAAUGUCUGGAGUGUGGGAAGAGCUUCAAUCAGAGUACUGGCCUUACUCAUCACCGAAUGAUUCACAUAGGUGGGGAGAAGCCCUAUAAAUGCUUAGAGUGUGGGAAGAGCUUCUCUCAAAGUGGUGACCUCACUAAACAUCAAAGGCUUCACACAGGAGAGAAGACAUAUAAAUGCUUGGAGUGUGGGAAGAGUUUCAAUCAGCGAGCACAUCUUACUUCACAUCAUAGGAUUCACACAGGAGAGAAACCGUAUCAGUGUUUGGAAUGUGGAAAGGACUUCUCUCACAUUUCUUAA